UUCCCGACCUGGCAGCUUGGUCUCCGUUCCAGAUCACCGUAUACGACCAAGAAAACUUCCAGGGCAAGAGGAUGGAAUUCACUUCAGCCUGUCCAAACAUCAUGGAGUGCGGCUUUGACAACAUCCGCUCCCUGAAGGUGGAGUGCGGCGCGUGAGUAUCCAGCGGUGGGGAUGCUUUCCCAGGCGGGCUGGCGGGGCGAGGNNNUUACCCGCGCUGGGACGCCUGGAGUGGCAGCAACGCCUACCACAUCGAGCGCCUGAUGUCCUUCCGCCCCGUCUGCUCCGCUAAUCACAAGGAGUCCAAGAUCACCAUCUUCGAGAAAGACAACUUCAUCGGCCGCCAGUGGGAGAUCGGCGACGACUACCCCUCGCUGCAGGCCAUGGGCUGGGCCAACAACGAAGUGGGCUCCAUGAAGAUCCAGUGCGGCGCCUGGGUUUGCUACCAGUAUCCUGGGUACCGUGGCUACCAGUACGUCCUGGAGUCCGACCACCACGGAGGAGACUACAAGCACUGGAGAGAGUGGGGGUCGCAUGCCCAGACCUCCCAGAUCCAAUCCAUCAGGCGUGUCCAGCAGUAG